AUGGACGAGAGCGGCGGAGAUUCUGGGACGGCAAGUGGCGGUGAUCCUGGGACGGGAAGCGGCGCCGGAUUCGAGUGGGACGCGGAUUCCCAGCUCUACUACCAUGCCAGUACUGGAUUUUACCAUGACCCUGUCGCUGGCUGGUACUACAGCAGCACAGAUGGUCAGUACUACAUCUAUGAGAAUGGAGAUUAUGUGUUAUGGACUUCAGAUGCGAGCAAGGAACUCAAUGUACAUUCUCUAUCUGAUGAAGCAAGCCAAAGUUUCCAGGAAUGCUCUUCAGGACCGGAACUGGAUAUUCCUCAGCCGCCAUCAGAAUGGUUGGAGGAAACACUAAUCAACAUGUAUUUAUCAGGAUACUCAAAUACAGAUGUCAAAAAUGAAAAAUUACUAGGAGAAUCACAGACAAUCGAGGAAAACAGAAGUGAGGCAGUUGAGAACAAACUCAGUAACUUGGCUUCAGAUAAUGUGUCAGACUCUCUGAAUGAUGCUUCAUUAGAGCAAAUAGAAGAUAAAAUGCAAACUGAGAACCUCACAGCUGUUGAUGAAUCAUUAGGGGAAGAGGAAGAGAAAUGGCUUUCUCAGUAUGGUCAAACAGAGAGAGUAAAUGAUGGUCUGCCAUUGUCUCCGAGUGUCGAUCUGUGGGACUGGGAUAUGAUCACCGAAUCUGUUAGCAAAGGCCAGCCCAUGUCUAGGCUUGUGGGACGUUUAACUAGGGGUUCUAGUACACUUCAUCCUUCUCUGCCUGCUCGUGGUCGCCUUCUAAGAACCGCUCCUGUGCGUGAAGUUCAUCUUGAUCUUGUACGUGUUUCAACAGGGAAGUUGUACAGGCUAAGGAACCCAAGCAGAAAAUACUGGGCCUCUUUAUCAGCAUAUGACUCUUCCAACCCAACAAAAGAUUGGGGUUUUCCUGAUAUAUAUGCCAACCCUAAUAGCAAUUCAGAUAAGCAGUCAACUGCAUGUUGCCAGUCUGAAGUUGCUCAUGAAUCUUCUACCGAGGAGCAGAAGAUAAACACUUAUAGGGAUAGAGCUGCUGAGAGAAGAAUCCUACACCGUGGCUUAGGGACAGGACCUGGUCAGAAGCAAAGUAAUGGCAUAAAUUCUGAUGAAUAUGAGGAGGCAAAUGAGGACAUGGACUCAUUGGGAGCUGUACCAGUUGAUAUGAACUUCCGUUCCAGUGGUUUGAAGUCUGCAAAGAGAAUCAUGGAGAACAUGGGCUGGAAGGAAGGAGAGGCCCUUGGUAAAAGCAGUCAGGGUAUUGUAGAACCUAUACAGCCAAACGUCAACAAACAUGGUGCUGGUUUGGGAUGGAACCACAUGCGCUAAGAUGAUCUCCACCCCCCUGCACUUGGUGAUUUCAGUGCAUGUUCUGUGGCCUCCGGAGGUGUAAAUUCUAUGCAGGAUGCGUGUAACAGACCAUGGUGGCAAUUCUGACCAUUGUGACUUGUGAGAGGACAUCGUUUUAGUACUGCAGAUACAAAGGGAGCGGGGGAAACCGGGAAAAUCGAUGUGACACGUUUGGCUGAAAUAUGCAGAAGUUUAGCAGCGGUUACUUAAUCUGCGUACUAAGGACCCACAAAAUUCUUACCCCUUUUAUGGCUCUAAUCUGUUUUAUAACCUAUAAAUUGACUUAUCUAUUUCGAUUUGUAAAUAUAACGAAAAAAAAAAGUGAUGUGAUGAUCAAAACUUAUUUCCAUUUGUUCAUGUGGUGUUAGUUGAUUUAUAGCC